GUGAAUAGUCCGGUUGUAGAAUGUCAUUACCAGGUUCAGAUGCACCCCACGCAGCACAACUACACUACAUUGACUUGACCUUGUCUCGACCUUCACUUGGACACAGUCAACCUUGUGUUGGGGUUGAUGCUUCAUGGGGUGUGUUUCAUUAUAGUGCUAUGACCAUGUUCAAGGUACAGUAUGUGUCACAGGAGCCAGUCUGUGACUCUAGUGAAUGAAAACAAACCAACACUUGAGCUGUAUCUGAUUUUAGCAGGAAAAAUCUAGUGAGAACUGCCAAACUCGGAUAAUGUGAGUGUCACGUCACUUGGGACCAGCACGUGACGGGUGAAAUUGAAUAUGUUACGGGAAGAUUUCAGUAACAUCCCUGAAUUACAUCUUUGUGAGUUCAAAUCAAGUGAUGCCAACUUGGGUACAGUCAAGUACUUGGAGAAGGUGAGACUUGGUCAGUUAUCAAGUCGACGCUACACGUCUCACCUAAAAACCUACCUCGCUGCCAGCCACGUCUUGUCUGAUGUUACACUGAACCAGAAGGAGCAGAUUCCUACAUCUUUUGUGACCCACGCUGACCUAGAGAGUGUUGACUCCCGGUACUUGCUGUGUGGCCUAAGUGAUGGAGGUGUGGCCAUAUAUGAUACUUCCAUCUUCAAGGAGGGACGGGUGUAUGCUGAAGUGGCCUCAGUUGUGGGUGGCAGGAGGGGAAGUCACAAGUAUCAGGUUGAUUGUGUUCAGUGGUAUCCAGCAGACACAGGCUUGUUUAGCACCUCAAGUAAAGAUAAAUUGGUGAAGAUAUGGGACCCUAAUCAUAUGAAGCCAGUUGACCAAUUCAACAUUGACUGCUAUGUUCUUCACCACCACAUGUCACCCGUCGCCUCAAAACACUCAUUACUGUCGGUGGCUGGAGAUAGUGGUGAAGUGAUCCUGUGUGACCUGCGUAGUGGAUCAUCCACUCAUCGUCUUCAGGGUCAUAAUGGGCCAGUGCAGAUCACUCAGUGGUCACCGCGUAAUCAACACAUCUUAGUGUCGGGUGGGAAUGACCACACGGUGAGAAUGUGGGAUGUACGGUCGAGUCGUGCCUUCUUCAUGGCCUUGGAUAUGGAGAAUUCUUUGCCUGAAACUAAUUCCAGAUACAAGAAAAAAAUUAAAAAAAUUCCCAAAGCCCAUAAAAGUCGUGUGACUUCUCUCUGUUUUACGUAUGAUGGCUUGUGGUUGUUGUCGUUCAGCUAUUAUGGCGACCUGAGGCUGUGGAACUCAAAUACUGGGGAAUAUAUGAAUGUAGACUAUGGAGAGACAUAUACGGAGCUCAAGAGAACUAUGAGGAUGGCUGUCUCACACUGUACAUAUCCUGAUCUAGUUUUUGUACCCAGCAAGUCAAAAAUUCUUGUGUAUGAACUCCUCUCUGGAAAAUUAGUAAAUGUUUUAGAGGGGCAUUUUUCAGCAGUGUUAGGUGUGGUAUAUAAUCCUGGCUCUCAGAAUCUGUAUAGCUUUGGAUAUGAUCGUAAUUUUAUAACAUGGAUCCCAAAGAAGUUGUUGACGAGUGAUCUCUCAAAUGAAGAGGAGGAAGAAACACCAAGUUGUACAGGUCACACCGCAAGUUGUUCUACACUACCUGCAGGACGGCAAGCAACUCAGGAUGCAUGGAGCAGUGAUGAAGAUUGAUUAAGAUACAUUACAUAAAAUAUUUUUUAUAGCUACAUACCCCCUUUUUUUUUUGUAGAGGGCAUUUCUUUUUAUCUAGUUUGUUAUAUAUUUUCAAUUUCAUAAGUGAUAUUCAAUACAUAUUAAUCUCAUAUUUUAUCAGUAAUGUCAGUAGGUUAUUUAUACACAGUGAGUGGAAGAUAAUGGUGUGUAGUAAAUGUACAUUUUCUCUUCUAUGGUGCAAGAGAGGUAGCAAGAGUGACCAGAAUUUGUUACAGGCAAUCCUCACUACUGAAAUAUAUACUGUAUACACUCU